AUGCACAAGAUCUUAGACAACGUAGUUCCGGUUGCUCAAAAUGUACUAAGCUCUUCCGUGGUUUACAAUGCAGCUAUUGAUCCAUCAACUUCACAAGGUUCGGAAGCCGUGAUCCAAGAUGAAGCUCUUCAAAAUCAAGAGAUGUAUGAUACCAGUGUUGAAAGGCCAUUAGUUCAAUCAACCAAAAUUGCUCUGAGCACUACUACAGUUUGUGAUGCAGAUGGAUCACAGGAUUUACAACUUCAUGCAAGUGAAAAUUUACUGGUCCAGACCACAAGAUCUAUUCUGAAUGAUGGCGAAGAAAGAGAAGAAUCACAUGACUCAGAUAUUCACCUUAGUAAAAUUUUGUUCAACCAGACUAUAACUUCUAUGGUUGCAGACUACAAAGAAGAAAUUAUUUUUUCAGCUAUUGGGACUCAAGAGACGGAUGAAUGCAAGAGGAGGUUCUCAGUUCAUCAUGCUCAAAAUGUAUUGAGUCCUACCGUGGUUCAUGAUACAGAGACAAAUGAAGCUAUUGAGAAAUCCUUAAUUCGAACAACUGAAGAAGCAGAGAACCCUGCUACAAUACAAGACAUAGCUAGUGGAACACAAGAAACACAUGACACCUUCCACGCUGACCAAGAGACAGAGAGUCUUGCCAAAGCACGAGAUACAGAAGAAUCACAUGAUUCAUCUAUUGGGAGUCAAGAGAUGUGUAGCACCGUGAAAAAGCGAUCAAUUUCAGCUGCUCAAAAUAUCCCAAGCUCCACCAAGAUUCCUAACGCAGCAACAAUGCAUCCAUCACCUUCACAAGCUCCAAAACUUGCCACACCACAAAACACAGCAGUAAUAGAUCCAUCACCUUCAAAAGCUCCAGAACCUAUGACUUCAUCAAUACUAGAAUCGAAUACUUAUAAUGACUACAAGUGGUUUAGUGAUAUUCCGAAACAAAACUUGCCACAUUUGGAGGCUGGGGUGAAGCGUCAUCCUCAAGUGCUUGAUUGGUUUAAUACAAAUCGACAAAGACUAUUCGCUACCUUAUUCAUCGAAGUCACUUGCAUUUUGAGGACCACUCGGAGAUGCGACUUAACAGAGGAUGAUCAAAAUCACAUCAGAAAGUGCUGUGCUGCCUUAGAAGCAGUUGGCUUUGAUGCUUGUUGGCUUAAUUACGUGCAUGGCUGCAUCGAGAGCUGUGGUGAUGGAGAUGAACUCAUGAGAAAGCUUGAGGAGACUGAAGCCAAAGCUUCCACUCUUAGAAAUGAGUUAGCUUCUAUUGAGGCAUCCUUGCUCUCAUUGCGAGACGAGGCGAGUAGGCUUCAUAAUUUUAUUGAGCCAUGA